AUGAGCGUCGAUGGUAACCCUGUCAAGCGCCCACGACCUUCACCUCUGCCACUACCAGAGCUCACCGGGCCCGACGAGAGUUAUUCCUCAGACUCUUCUGCCUCGUCUGCAGCCAGCAUUGCCACAGUACGGCCCCUCUCCGGAGAGCAGCCCGCGCCUGAUUCGCAUUGGACGAGAUUCUUCGAUCAAGAACUCUACCAUGAUCAAGUACUGGAGAACGGCGACCAUGCACGCUAUCACGUCUACAUCACCUUGCCAUCAAACUUGAGUAAGGGACCGCUCUUCAUCUGUCACCAUGGAGCAGGAGCGUCCGGCUUGUCAUUUGCAGUGUUUGCUCAAGAAGUACGACAAUUGCUUCCCGAAGCUGGAAUCCUCAGUCUCGAUGCACGGGGCCAUGGAGACUCUACAGUCAUUGGUGCCUCCGGGGCACCCAUCGUCGACUUCAGCCUGGAAACCCUCGUCGCUGAUGUGAUCUCUAUGAUCCGGCUGACGGCCAAAUCGCUGUCUUGGCCGACCAUCCCGCCAACGAUCCUUAUCGGCCACAGCCUCGGCGGCGCUGUCAUGACCACUCUCGCUACAGAUCCACACUACAAGAUCUUCGGCAACAACCUCGUCGGCUACAGCGUCCUCGACGUGGUCGAGGGCUCUGCAAUCGAAGCUCUCACUCACAUGCGUCGACUUUUAACUUCCCGUCCACAAUCCUUCGACAGCGUCGACGCAGGAAUCAAGUGGCAUAUUAGCUCGCGCACUCUCCGCGACGCACGUAGCGCCGCCGCCAGCGUGCCCAGUUUGCUGAGGCCUACCUCCGAGCGCGCCACCGCUGAUCCGGACCUCAGUGACAACGCGCGAGUCACCUGGCGGACCGACCUGUCUUCCACAGCGCCUUGGUGGGAGGGCUGGUUCACGGGUCUUAGCAAGAAGUUCCUGAUCGGUCACGGCGCAAAGUUGCUGAUUCUAGCCGGUACGGAUCGUUUGGAUAAGGAGCUCAUGAUUGGUCAAAUGCAGGGUAAAUUCCAACUCGUUGUGAUCCCCGAAGCCGGACAUUUUGUGCAGGAGGAUGUCCCUGCACGCACAGCGGAAUUGCUGGUCGAGUUUUGGAGGAGGAAUGAUCGCGGUGCGAUGGUCUUGCCGCCGAAGGUCAGUGACUUGUUGAAAAUGGGAAAGAAAGUUUGA